AUGAUUUCUCUUGAAGACGUCCUCAGUGCUGCGGAGAAGGAGAGCAGCGACCUGGUGUUUUCUCCUGACGACGCCUAUGAUGCCAACGAUGACACGGUUGACAGCCUGGCCGACGAUCCCUUCGCCUCGCGCUCACCUAUCCCCACCGAUCCCAACGCCCCUGCUGCUCAGCUGUUUCCAUCGGCUGACGACAUGGAGAAGGUUCUUUCCGCCUAUAACAGCGCCCCGGCAGCUGUAAGCGAGAUAGGCGUGGAUGAUCUCAAGGCGGCUCUGGAGGGGAAUGCGGACGCCGUGCCUGUGCUGAUUGACGUGAGGGCGCCAGAGGACUACAAGAGAGGGCACAUUCCCAGAGCUGUGUCAGUGUCUAUGGGGGAUGUGGUGGCAUAUGCUGCAGACGCUGGUUCUGGUCCUCUGGCCUUUGUCUGCUAUGCUGGAAACACAAGUAAGCGGGCAGCUAUGCAAGUGGCUGUAGCACUCGACUUGCCAUCAGAGUCUGUAUUGAAUGUAACUGGUGGGACAGCUGCAUGGGUGAAUGCAGGCUACCCACUUGAACAAUAG